CGGGAGCGUCGAUCCUUCGAACUCGUCGAUGGGCCUCGCGAGACAGGCUCGAAGAAUUCCGGACUUCGAUUCCGCCGUGUUCCGCUGAAUUGCACGGAAUUUUCGACAAAGAUCGGAAGAAGUUGGUUCGAGCUUUUAUUUUUCUCAAGGCUAGAAUUGAGUCUGAAUUACCGAGCAAAAUUCUGAGCCUGCUUGCGGAAAUUUUUGAUUCUCGUGAGCGAGUGUUGAGAUUUUCUCUGACCUGGAGGAGUCAGAAUCGUUUUGGAAAUUGGACAAUUUUCUAAUAUGAGUCCCCUUAGCGGUGGCUAUGUCGCCUCCUGGAAGAAUUCUGGAGCCGAGUCCAUCGAUUUGUGACGCUCUGGAGGGCUGUCUUAUCUCAGCUCGAUCUUAGAAAAAGUCGGGUGCAGAGAUGGCAUUUAAAGGACAACGGGUGAUGUUGUCGCGCAAUUUAGUGCCACCAGAGAAAUACGAUAUGAUCCUGGAUAAACUCAAACAAAACGAAGCUGAAGUGAUCCUCUGCUCGAAUCCAGGAUAUAAUUCGAGCAACGACUUCCAUUUUUUGUUCUCGUUCAACAACGAGAAGUUCUCAGAACUACUGGAUCGGGGUUGCAACGUCAUUGGUCCAGAGUGCAUGCUACAAUGUGCAAGAGACCGGAGACCGCUCCCCAAUAGGAAGUUCACUUGCUGCAUGUCAAUGGAGGGAAUGCGAAUUCUCGCAACGGGUUUUGAUAAAAAGAAGAAGCUUCACAUAGAACACCUGGUGUCUGCCAUGUGUGGCGAAUUAUGCAGCCACACUUCAAUGGACAUAGACAUUGUUGUAGCAAAAGACGUUCUAGCUCCGAAGUAUAAGUGGUCGGCAUUUACCUUGCGGAAACCGAUUGUCGGCCUAGAUUGGCUCGUUCAGUCAUUCCAACAACACCGACGAGCACCUCACGAGCCUUACAGACUGCCGCCUUUUGCUGGUUUGAAAGUGUGUGCCACAGGAAUACUCAUUGAUACUAGAGAUCAGAUCGCGGAUAUCAUUGCCAAGAACGGGGGCACUUUCGAUGCCGAUCUAACCAGGGAAUGCACACAUUUAAUCGUCAAAACCACAGACAGUGACAAAUACAAGGUGGCAAAACGUCACUGGUGCAACAUAAAGCUUGUAAACGAGCAAUGGUUUUGGGAUAGUUUUUCUGAAAAGGUUUGUCUUGAGGAAAGAACUUAUGCUCCACAAGAAGGCACCAUCAACAAACCCUUACCAUCUGGUAUGAACGAGAGUUUCGGUAAACUCGAGGAGAAAGCAAUGCAUGAAACAUCUCUUCAAGGAGUCAUGGCUGCGACAUCAGGACCAGCAGUGACUCCUCACGCCUCAGGCCAAGCCCAGGCACGUGUAGAAGGUGCUCUUGCUUGUAACAUCGCCACUGGCACUGUGUUGCCAAUGCAACCGAGUGAUGCCUCAGAUGCAGCCCAAGCAAACCUUGCGGAUGCAGGUGAAACCGAAUGUUAUCUAUCAGGUUGUCGUAUCUUUCUGGCAGGGUUUGAACCCUCUGAAAUGAAACGUCUUGCAAUGAUGGUGCUGGACGGGGGUGGUACAAGACACAUGGAGUUCAACUCUAGAAUCACCCACGUGAUACUUGGAAAGCCCACGGAAAGCGACUUAAAGGAGAUAAGGCAGUAUGCUUUGUGGGGUGCAAUGCAUGUGGUGCUGCCAAAUUGGCUCGAAGAAUGCUCACUGCAAAAGAGAGAAAUCGUCGUGAGUGAGAAAUACGCCGUAGCUCACACAUUACUUGUGCAAGAAAAUCUCUUCAGGCAAGGAAUGAACAAGAGGAGGCCAUUAUACCAGGAGAAUACCACGAAGGAAAACAUGUCUGGAAAGCUGUCAACAGAUCACAUAGAUGUUUCUGAUAAGAGGCUCGGAGCGAACGGAGCAAGACGAGCUUAUGACAGUACUUCAGGCUAUGAUACUAUUGAUGGAACAGUGUCGAGGAAUCAAGAAACUGGCGAGGUGCCACAUUACAAGGAGAAUAUGGAAGGAAAUAAUUGUGGUGGAAAAACGUCCAAGAAGUCCUUCGACGUUGUCUCAGAUGAGAGGCCGUUCAUUUCACCCCGGAAAGGUGAUGGUCAACAAGGUAUCAGCACAGUUACUUCAGAGUCUGCCAGCUUCAGGCAAAAUGUUUUGCACACAUCAGCACUCUCGGAGACAGGAGGUCCUCUCAGGGAAAUAAUAGGAAACAAGAAACAAGAGCUGGUGACAAACUUGAUGGCAGACCAUAGUUUAACGACCCCGACUUCUCUUCCAACGAAUCUUGCGACCUCCGCCCCUUCAAUUUCUGGCAUGCAAAAUGGGGUGUUUGAUGGAUGCGUGUUUGAUUUUACAAAGUCUUGCCAAUUUGAUCUGAGGACGGAAAUAGUCCAAUGGGUUAUUCAAGGUGGAGGUUUGAUGCUUGGUGUUGCCGGCGAGACUGCAAAACACAAACUCGAUUUUCUGAUUGUUCCACACGGACUGAAAAGGGAUCCUUGCGAUGAUAACAGUGUCAGGGUGGUUACACCUCAGUGGAUCAAAUAUUGUUUGGAGGAGGGGAGCAUACUUGACCUUACAAGUCAUGUUCUGUUCCAGCCUUUACCUUGUGAGGUCCCUUUGCCGGGUUUCGAGAGAUUUAGGUUCUGUGUUUCACAAUAUGCAGACAGGGACAGAAUAUUGCUGUACAAUCUCUGCCACGUACUGGGAGCCAAGUAUCAGGAUAAGCGAAUGACAAGAAAAGCAACUCAUUUGCUUUGCAUGGUGGGAGAUGGAGAGAAAUAUGAGGCUGCAUUACGAUGGGGCAUAGAGGUUGUUACGGCUGACUGGGUGCAUGCUUGCGUAACACAAAACAUGAUUGUGGACUUGUAUCCAUAUCGACCCAAAAGGUUGACUGCAGCUGACAGAGAGGCUGGACUUGCGAUACCUACUCAAUGCCCGACAAGUUCUAGAUCUUCCGUUGCUUUAAGUUUUGAUGACUUUCAGCAGUCUGUACAGCAGACCAGACAAACACAAGAUCAGGGACAGACGAGUCAGCGCGAGACGCUGGAUAUCAAGGGAAAGAUGACAGAUGUGAAGAGAUCUCGAGGAAAGUUGCUUGCAAAUUCUCUAGAAUUCAAAACUCCUUCCGCUCAAAAAACAGGAAGUGUUUCUUUAUCCUCACAGAUGGUUAAUGGGAUCCUUGAUCCAUGGGACGAACUCUCUGCAUCGUGGUCAAAGCCUCAAAGUAACGAGAAACAGCCAUCAGGAAAAUCUCACCGGAAAGCAAACAGUCCUCCGAGACCGCCCUUUGACGAACAAGCCUGUGUAGAUCAUGUAAUCGCCCAGCGCAAUGAACCAGCGCAAACAGCGGACGAAAAUAGUCGAGAUGGUACGUUGGAUUGUAUGGCGAGAGAAUCAAGACCUGCUGCUGAUCACAACCUCCGAGAGGUUGCCAAAGAUGAAGAAAGUGGACCAGAUGUUGCAGCGGCUAUCGAGGGACUUCUUGCCCAAUCAAGCAAGGCUCAGACCAGUGAAGUUUUAAGAAGCCCAGAUCAAGCUCUCCGGUCUCCAGCAACGACAUUGAGCAGGCAUAGAGAUGAACACCCUCGUUCCCACUCCCAUUUCAAACGGCCGAAACUUUUGCCAAGCCGGUUUGCUGAAUUUGACGAAGAGGAGCUCCCACAAUCCACUACUUCAGGGGAAGAUGGGCACGAAAAGUUUCAAGAGUCACAGAUAGAAUCUCAGGUGGUGGCCUACGAUGAAGACUUCUCUGCAAAACAACGGAUUAUGGAGCGUGUGAGGACAAGAAGUAUGUCCACCACACCACCAGUAAGAUCUGGUUCUGACAUAACAGACAAUGAUAAAAACAAGUGGAAAGGUGCUUCUCUUAGUCGCCUUUUCAAAGCAGCAGCGGCGAAUAAGUAGCAGUCUAGAGGUUGAGUCCCAUCUGACUGAUUUCUUGGACUUAAAAUUGUCACCUGUACAUUUUAAUGAAGAAAGAUUUGUAAAGGAAACUUCCACUGCAGUCACGAAUUCAAUCUGUAGCUAAUUUGGCAUAAGCUCCACACUUGUCCCCGAAGGGAUGGUCCAAUAUCAAUAGCAAGGCGCAUAAAGACGUAUAUUCUUACGUCAAACAGCAUGACCCGUUCGUUAUCUUUUAUAUUAACUGAUCAUAUAUUAACACUAAGGUUUCUGUCACAAACGGUCAAGGAUUACGUCAAGAGGCCUUGAGAGGGAAGGGUAGUGUAUGUUUACAUCCAGUUAAAUGAUGUGAAACCUAAUUACUUGUUCAUUAUU